AGUUUAACUGGAUAAGAGAUAACGCCUUAAAAACGUCAAAUAUAUUUAUUUUUAUGGGAAAUCCGGGAAAUCGAAAGUCCAUGGAAAGUCCCAAAAACGAAGAUAAUAAACUACUUGUUUUUGUAAAAGGAAAAUAUACAAAGUGCAGAUAAAGCAAUAUGAAAUAAAUGCAGUUCGCUUACUGCAGCCGUCACUGAUAAAAUAUAAUCAAGUGUUGGACAGCAGACAUGGAUUUAGAUUAAUCUCCUAUCAUAUCAAAAUCAUUACAACCGAAGAAGUUACAGAGUGGAGGAUUACGAUGGGUGACCCUCAUUGACCAUGAGUUGCCACCGGAUGCUCUAAUCGCGGGUUUUGAGAAAGAGCCUCUGUAUAUAGCAUGUGCAAUGCAUCAGUAUUCUAUGUGUCCGGGAACGUAUGUACCGUCAAAAAGGAAAGCUUUUGUACCAUGGGGCGGUAGGGCACAUGCAAAGGAUGACUUUCAGGUACUCUGCGGCUACAAUGCUACUUGGAUAAAAACUGGAUCAAACAAGAUACCCCAAAACGCUUUUGUUGGCGGUAGAUCCGAAGUCCGACAAGAGCCCCUUUACAUCGGAAGGGCUGUGCACGAAGACAACCUUAUCAGCGGAAAAAUACACGUCAUAUACAAUACCUGCUACAUACCCUACAAGGGCAAGGAGAUUGAAAUAUACGACCAAUUUGAAGUAUUAGUGUUGCCAGACCAAAAUUAUCGUGGCAUCUUGGGGGUCCCCGAAUUAGAUAUGUGAAAUAUUUUUUUUAUACUUUUUGAUUGUACUUAAGUAUGUUGUAUUUUUUACUUUUA